AUGAAGCCCACCCCGUCCACAACAGCCCUCCUCCGUCUCCGCCGCCGCCUGCCUCCCCUCCCGAACCCCCCGUCUCCGAUCCUCUUCGUUGGCCGGCGGGCGAUGAUGGCCUCACUCACACAACACCGCAGCGUGACAACCACCACCACGCCGGCCGUGAUACGGCUCUCGGACGGCGAGAUCCGGGACCAGGCGCUCUCCCCGCGCAACCUCGAGCUCGCCGUCCGCCACCUCCACGCCGACGGCCUCGUCGUCGUCCAAGACGUCGUCCCGCUCGCCGACGUCGACGCCCUGAACUCAAGAUGGUCGAGGACGCGCUGCACCUCCAGUCCCUCGGGGACGAGGGGCCCUUCAACUACAACCUGGGCAACCUGCAGCAGGACCCUCCCCCCGUGGCGGAGCACUUUUACAAGUCCAUCUUCACCAACCCCGUCGCGACGGUCCUCGGUCCUCGGCCCCCGCCCGAAGCUCACCUUCCUCUCGGCCAACUCCGCCAUGCCCGCCUCGCCCUCGCGCCCGCCCCAGCGCCAGCCCGUGCAUUCGGACGCCGACUUCGCCCACCCGUCGCACCCCUUCGCCCUCGUCGUCAACGUGCCGCUCGUCACCAUGACGCCCGCCAACGGCUCGACCGAGGUCUGGCUCGGCACCCACGCCGCCCUCGCCGCCCGCCGCGCCGCCCGCCGUCCGGAAGGGCAGCCUCGUCGUUCGCGACCUGCGCCUCUGGCACGCCGGCAUGCCCAACCGCACCGCCGACGUCCGCGUCAUGCUCGCCAUGAUCCACUUCGCGCCCUGAUACCGCAACCGGAUGCGGCUGACCCUCGCCGACGACGUGAGGCCGCUCCUCAACGCGGCCACCGACGCCACCCUCGAGGUCCCCGUGGACUGGGUCAGCCGCGAGGAGGCGCUGCGGACGUACCUGGGGAGGGGGUUCGGGAACAGCUACGACUUUGA